AUGAAGCAUCAUCUGACGGGUUCGAGUCUCUUGGCAGGUGCGAUUGGCCCAUUAGGAUCUCCAACCGCGUUACCCGCAACCGAUCUCCAGUCCCACAUUCCGGAAAGGGUCUGGACCAAUCACAGCACGCCAGACCAGAUGAAGCCACUAGCAAGCGUGCGGAGAAGCCCCCAAGCCUCAUCCCAGCCACAUCUCACAUCAAGCGACAAACGCGCGGGACCGGCGCUUGCCUCACAACGCAGCAAGCACGGGCAAUGCCCCUUUUCACGGGUCAUGGGAAGCGAAAGGGCCAACACCAUCACGACACACGACGUCAAACGACCACCGAUUCACCCAUCCCAAUCUGGCGGGGGCAAGUCUCCGAUUCUGACUCUUCUCUUUUCAUUGACUGUGGUGGCACCGCGUGCUGCCUCUUCCGCUCCUUUAUUUUUCUGCUUUUUUUGCGCCGUCUGCGCUGCCCGGCAAUCGACUUUCCCAGCCGCUUCCACCUGCGGUCGCACCUCUUUCCAUACAGUCGCACACGCACCUGCAAGACUUGUCGAUAUUUUCCUUUGCGCAAAUUAG